UAGUCGUGUUCGAAACGGAUAUCAGGAGUCUCCUUCAACGGAUUCUGGGAGAACAUGUUGAUGAAAGCACGUUCUUCAAUAACGCGCACAUCAUUUGAUUCAAUUAGAGCGAUAUUUCAUGAAAACGUUUUCCAAAAGCUUUUGUUUUCUGUCAUAAGGUUUUAUUACAGCUGUAGAACGAUAAAGAUUAAGGGAAAAGGGCUUAUUCCCACAAAAGUUCCAAUGUCCACAUCACAAGCCGUAAUUGCGCACUAUGCCGACCUCUCGUUAUAUUUCAUUCGAUCGAGCUGAUAUGAGACACUAUUUCACAGGUGUUCUCUAGAUACUAAAUCAUGCUUCCGCUGAGUAGAAAAAAGUAAGAAAAUAAUUGAUCGGCAUCUUGUUUCUAAAUAUGUUCGUAUUCAUUUGUUCGCGAUUCUCGAGAAGUUUAUUUUUAGCCUAACAAACUAUUUGCUCUAAGUCACUUUGAGUAAUAAGUCAAGAAUUCCUAAUACACAGAAUGCUGGACACCUUUGAAUCUUGUCUCUGACCAGUCUGAAAUUCCUUCUUCUUAUCUUAUAUAUGUACCAUGUUUUUUCAGGAUUGCUGAAAAAGUGCUAAUUCAACGCCAAUUAGAUGCAAAUGAAGCUUUGAAAACUAAUAUAGCAUUUUAUUUCGAGUUCGAAGGGGAUCGAAUUUCGAAAGAACGUGUGUGCCAGGCAUUUCGGUUAAUUCGACAACAGCACCCCUACUUUCGCCUUCGAGUUGAAGAUGGAGCGUAUGUGAAAGACGAAAAAAAUGAAUUGCAAAUCAUCCACUUUGACGAACUCUGUCCCGAUUGGCAACAGGAACUAGUCGAGUGGGCAAAUAGGCCCCGUGAUCAUUCAAAAUCAUUGAUGUAUUUGAAACAUCACCUUGCAGACACUAAGCAUCAGCUAUUUGGUGUUGUAAAUCAUGUCGGCAUUGAGGGUUUGGGCUUUUUUCUGUUAACACAUACGUUUUUUGAUUAUUUAUCACGACUAAUUGAAUCAAAUGAUGUGCGCGUUAUUGAAGAACGUGCUUUCAUCAACAUGUUCUCCCAGAAUCCGUUGAAGGAGACUCCUGAUAUCCGUUUCGAACACGACUAUCUCAAACCCCAGGGAAAAGAUCCGGACCCGGGGCAAGCAUGUUCCACGGCGGAGAAAGGUGAAAUGAUAGGUACAUUUGGAAAAAACGUCACUGAUAACUUGUUGAAGAGUAGUCUCCAGAUUGAAACAACCAUGCAAGGGAGUUAUUUCGAUCGCUAG